AUGCUUCACGAAAUCCUACUUGCUCUAACAGGCUAUAGGUCAGCUCUGUUCGACUCACUUGGAGACUUCGACGCGCACCUUAGCCCAUCGGAGUAUGAACUCUUGACGCGACUCAGACAACUAGCAGUUCUACAUUCACAAACUCGACAACAUGCACAACGUAUUGCAGAUAUACAUCCGUCAAUCAUCUGUAGGGCUACAGCGUCUUCCGUGAACUCGGUGCAACUAGCAAAAUUUCGCACCAAGAUUGUCGAGGUCGAAGCGAAGAUCUUGACGAGAGAUACCGACAUUGUCGGCGCAUACAAUAUAGUUCCGCUUGCACUUCUCGUCUCCGAGUUCAAGCAAUAUACCAAACUACUCAAAUGGCUAUGGAGUCUGGUUCGACGAAUCGCUCCAGAAGAUUUCCAGUCACACGAUGCCAACCUCAUGUCUGGCUCCGAGCUCAUGGAUAACCUAAGGCAAGAAGCGGUGACUGGAUAUCCUGAGCUUGAGACGGCUUCAAAGGAACUUUCGGUCGUUGCUGAAGCUGCGUGGGUAAAACAAUUGUCCAGCUGGGUCUUAUACGGGCAAAUUCCAACAUUCGGAUCCUCAGACUUUGCUAUUCAGAUUGCAUCAGAACCAGCGAACGGAGGGUUUGAACUCGUAAGCCAACUUCUGCCUCGAUUCGUAACAGAUGACACUGCCCAGGCGAUAUUGUUUGUCGGGAAAGUGCGCAACCUUCUAGGUGCGUCAGCCAAAAGUGAUCCAAAGCUUCUAGUCGAUCACGUCAAAUCUCUAUCUAGAUUCUGUAUUUCCAACUCCCCGUCAGAUCUGACCGCUGGCGUUGCGGAGAUCAGGCUCUCCCUCUCCAGUAACAUACUGCACAAUGUCCUCCCCCUCGCUCAAAUCAGAAACAUUCUCACGCUCUUAUACGACUUUCUCCUUCUUGGGAACUCCGAUUUCGCGCCAACCCUUGUCGCACACGCGGACCUUAUGCGCAAAUCCUUACCAAAAGAGAGCAUCGCCAACGACAUUUUGAACCGUACAUGGAACUCGCUCGCACGAAACAUCGACGACGACACCAUCUCCACAGCGAAGCUUAGCAUCCGACUAACAAUGCAGAAGCCCGCAAACCUACACCAUCAAAACUCCGCAAGCCUAGACUUCUCCGAUUUCCUCCUCGCCUUCCCCACGUUCCUCGUACUUGACUGCCACCCCCCGUUCGACCUUUUCAUGCAAGAUGCCUCGGCAUAUAUCCAAAUGCACGCUUUUCUCCUUGCCAUGCGGCGCGCCCGCCUCCAUCUCUCCAGCCUCUGGACACAUGACGGGCUCCGCCGGCAUGGCCCUCCUCUUCGUGCCAUGUGGGCGACUGCCAAAGCUGCACUUGGCUUGCUCUGCCACCUAAGCGCGUACUUCGAAGGUGACGUCGUGGGCGAACUAUGGCAGCAAUUCAUGGCCUUCACUUCCGACUCUGCAAACCUGAACUUCGAACUCCUGCAAGACCGGCAUCGUCAACUGCUAGACCUCCUCACCUCCCACCUUCUGCUGCCUGACACGGCAUUCAUUAAGUGUGCUCGCGAGUUUCUGCAGCAUUGUGAUCUGUUCAAUAAUACCUGGCGUGCGGACGCUGCGAGGGCGCAGUAUGAUGGCGUGGGGUUGGAUCGGUGCAGGAAGAUGCUUGAUUUCAGUAUGAAAAAGGUCGUCAGUAGACUGAGGCAGAUCGAUACGAGUCGUGUGGAUGUACCGGAUGGUGUGUUGAAGUGUGGCGGUGUAGAUCGGUUGUUGCUGAAAUUAAAUUUCGAUUCUGGGGAGGCGGCAGAUGAGACGCAGGAUUUGAUUUCGCUAGGAUGA